AUGGCAAUCACCGAUGCCAGCAAGAUUGUUUGCAAGACCAGCGCCGGCGUCGAGCUUACACGAUACGAUCUCGGACGGGUCCUGCCACAACCCAACGAGACAUUGCUUCGAAACGUCCCACGAGGCAUCAAGGGCGGUCCAGGCAUGUGGCUGAACGACGAGUCCGUCAAUGGCUUCAUUUCCGCUAUAGUACAGCGGAAACUAGACCAGUUCGGCUACAGCAAGCGUGCAGAUGUCGUUCCAGCAUACGUCGCCUACGAUACGAAUUGGUUCCCAACCUACAAGCAGAAGGGCAUCACUGGCAUCGGUCGCUGGAGUCGCCGCAAGCACAUCGCCGGCGCAAAGCUCCUCCAGUGCGAAAAAAUCUUCUUUCCGUGCUCCACAGGCGCUCACUGGACAAUUCUGAUCAUAUCGCCCAAGGCAAGAACGAUUGAAUUCUUGGAUUCGGCACACGGCACGCGAUCUAAUUGGAUCAAAAUCGCGAGAGAAUGGCUGGCAAUGGAGUUAGGAGCAAAAUACGAUGCUGGGGAGUGGAAGGAGGGUGCUGCCAGGAGCCAAUCACAGUUGAACUUCGACGACUGUGGCGUUUUCACAUGCAUGAACGCAUUGGCCAGUGCAGAGGGCAAGGACUUUGGUGAGGUAAUCCCGACUCGGGACAUGCCGGAGGCGAGGAAGUUUAUUGUUGGAGUAUUGAUAAAUGAGGGUUUUGAGGAAUAG